UCCCUCCUCUCAGUUCCGCGUUGCAACGCAUAUUUAGUCCUGCAGCGUUUCCUCCUCCAGCUUCCACCGUCAGGCUGCAGGAGACUGUCCGCCACCAUGUCCGACCAGGAGCCCAUCGACACCAACGUGGUGACCAUGACCCGCUUCCUCAUGGAGGAGGGCAGGAAGGCGAAGGGCACCGGGGAGCUGACCACGCUGCUCAACUCACUGUGCACCGCCGUGAAAGCCAUCUCCAGCGCCGUGCGUAAAGCUGGGAUCGCCCAUCUUUACGGCAUUGCUGGCAGCACCAAUGUGACGGGUGACCAGGUGAAGAAGCUGGACAUUCUGUCCAAUGAUCUGGUUAUUAACAUGCUCAAGUCAUCUUUUUCCUCCUGCUUGCUGGUGUCUGAAGAGAAUGAGAAAGCUAUCAUUGUGGAGCCAGAAAGAAGAGGCAAAUACAUCGUGUGCUUUGAUCCUCUGGAUGGCUCCUCUAACAUCGACUGCCUCGUUUCCAUUGGAACCAUCUUUUCCAUUUACAAAAAGACCACAGAUGAUGAGCCCUGUGAGAAAGACGCCCUGCAGUCAGGCAGAAACCUGGUGGCAGCAGGUUACGCCUUGUACGCAGCGCCACCAUGGUCGUACUCUCUCCACUGGCCAGGAGUCAACUGCUUCAUGCUCGACCCAGCAAUUGGUGAAUUUAUCCUGGUGGACCGGGAUGUGAAGAUCAAGAAGCGAGGCAAAAUUUACAGCGUGAACGAAGGUUAUGCAAAGUACUUUGACCCUGCUGUUACCGAGUACCUGCAGAAGAAGAAGUUUCCCCAGGAUGGCAGUGCACCCUACAAUGCCCGUUAUGUUGGUUCUAUGGUGGCAGACGUCCACCGAACACUGAUGUAUGGAGGGAUCUUAUACCCAGGAAAUGUGAAGAACCCUGAUGGAAAGCUGCGGGCUGGCUGUAGCGAAGGAAAACCCCAUGGCCUUCAUCAUGAGCAGGCGGGCGGCAUGGCCUCCACCGGCACGAGAACAAUCCUGGACAUCCAGCCUGUGUCCAUCCAUGAGCGCUCACCUGCAAUGGGCUCCUCUGAUGAUGUGCUGGAGUUCAUCGACAUCUGCAAGAAACAUGCAAGAAGUGAGACCACACGAGGUCGCUCUCAUUAACCGCUCCUGCAAAA